AUGGGGGCAAAUCCUGUGACCUACACAGAAGGAAGAGAGGAUUUGCAGGUUAACCGGCUGGAAACGCAGAUAUGGAUAAAACCAGACAUACAGAAGACAGAUGUGGACUUUUCAGAAAUUCUUAAUGCAAUACAAGAAAUAGCUAAGGAUGUCAACAUUUUUUUUGAUGAGUUAGAAGGUGUGAACAGCCCUUCCAAAGACGAUGACUCCCUUCUGCACCACGGUAAUUUGACCAGUACUUCCGAUGAUGCCAGCAGGUUGGAAGUUGUGGGAGAGGAAGUACCUGAUAAGAACAAAGCCAAUGGACUAUAUUUUAGAGAUGGGAAAUGUCGGAUUGACUACAUCCUGGUAUAUAGAAAAUCUAAUCCACAGACAGAAAAGAGGGAAGUAUUUGAGAGAAAUAUCAGAGCAGAAGGUCUUCAAAUGGAAAAAGAGUCAUCUCUAACAAACAGCGACAUCAUCUUUGUGAAGUUGCAUGCCCCUUGGGAGGUCCUGGGCAAAUAUGCUGAACUAAUGAAUGUAAGAAUGCCUUUCAGGCCCUUUAACCCCUUCAAUGCUGGAGCCCCCUGCAUACUUGUGCGCUGCUGUUUUUUAAAUGGACAUUUCAUUGAAAUCAAUGGGAGGUCAAGAAGAUCCAGGAGAAAAAUCUAUUACCUGCACCGCCGAUACAAGUUCAUGAAUAGGAUCGAGAAACAAAUAAGCAGGUUUCGAGGAUGGUUACCUAGAAAGCCAAUGAAACUGGACAAGGAGACACUGCCAGAUCUGGAGGAGAAUGACUGCUAUACUGCUCCAUUCAGCCAACAAAGGAUCCAUCACUUCAUCAUACACAACAAAGAUACUUUCUUCAAUAAUGCUACAAGAAGUAGAAUUGUACACCAUAUCUUACAAAGAGUGAAAUAUGAAGAAGGGAAAAACAAAAUUGGUCUGAAUCGAUUGCUCAGUAAUGGCUCCUAUGAAGCUGCAUUUCCUCUUCAUGAGGGAAGUUACAGAAGUAAGAAUUCAAUAAGAACCCAUGGGGCAGAAAACCACAGACACCUGCUCUAUGAGUGCUGGGCUUCCUGGGGAGUGUGGUAUAAAUACCAACCACUGGACCUUGUGAGACGGUACUUUGGUGAGAAAAUUGGGCUGUACUUUGCCUGGUUAGGCUGGUACACAGGGAUGCUCUUCCCAGCUGCCUUCAUUGGAUUGUUUGUCUUUUUGUAUGGAGUCACCACUUUGAGCCACUGCCAAGUCAGUAAAGAAGUCUGCCAAGCAACAGAUAUCAUAAUGUGUCCUAUAUGUGAUAAAUACUGUCCCUUCAUGAGGUUGUCAGACAGCUGCGUUUAUGCCAAGGUAACCCACCUUUUUGACAAUGGAGCUACUGUCUUUUUUGCUGUUUUCAUGGCAGUGUGGGCAACUGUUUUUCUGGAGUUUUGGAAAAGAAGGCGAGCAGUAAUUGCUUAUGACUGGGACUUGAUAGACUGGGAAGAAGAGGAGGAGGAAAUACGUCCACAGUUUGAAGCCAAGUACUCCAAGAAAGAGCGAAUGAACCCCAUAUCCGGGAAGCCAGAGCCUUAUCAAGCAUUUGCAGAUAAAUGCAGCAGACUCAUUGUUUCUGCAUCUGGAAUAUUUUUUAUGAUCUGUGUGGUGAUUGCUGCUGUUUUUGGCAUUGUUAUUUACCGUGUUGUGACUGUCAGCACUUUUGCUGCCUUUAAGUGGGCUUUAAUCAGGAAUAACUCUCAGGUUGCAACUACAGGGACUGCAGUGUGCAUCAACUUUUGCAUCAUCAUGCUACUGAAUGUGCUGUAUGAAAAGGUUGCUCUUUUCCUGACAAACUUAGAGCAGCCUCGUACUGAAUCUGAGUGGGAGAACAGCUUCACUCUGAAAAUGUUUCUUUUUCAGUUUGUCAACCUGAACAGCUCUACCUUUUAUAUAGCAUUCUUCCUUGGAAGAUUUACAGGACACCCUGGUGCCUACUUAAGGCUGAUAAACCGGUGGAGACUGGAAGAGUGCCACCCUAGUGGAUGCCUUAUUGAUCUCUGUAUGCAAAUGGGUAUUAUAAUGGUGCUAAAGCAGACCUGGAAUAACUUCAUGGAACUGGGCUACCCGCUAAUUCAAAACUGGUGGACCAGGAGAAAACUGCGACAAGAGUAUGGCACUCAGAGAAAAACAAGCUUCCCACAGUGGGAAAAGGACUACAACCUGCAACCUAUGAAUGCUUAUGGACUCUUUGAUGAAUACCUAGAAAUGAUUCUUCAGUUUGGGUUCACAACCAUUUUUGUGGCAGCUUUUCCACUGGCACCGCUUCUGGCCUUACUUAAUAAUAUUAUUGAAAUUCGGCUUGAUGCGUACAAAUUUGUUACCCAGUGGAGAAGACCUUUAGCUUCAAGAGCCAAAGAUAUAGGAAUCUGGUACGGGAUCCUGGAAGGCAUUGGAAUUCUUUCUGUUAUCACAAAUGCAUUUGUUAUAGCUGUGACAUCAGAUUUCAUCCCUCGCCUUGUUUAUGCUUAUAAAUAUGGACCUUGUGCUGGCCAAGGAGAAGCUGGACAAAAGUGUAUGGUUGGCUAUGUUAAUGCCAGUUUAUCAGUAUUUCUCGUGUCUGACUUUGAAAACCGUUCAGAGCCAACAUCAAACGGAAGUGAAUUCUCUGGUUCACCAUUGAAAUAUUGCAGGUACAGGGACUACCGAGACCCUCCUCACUCCCCAGUGCCCUACGGUUACACGCUGCAGUUCUGGCAUGUCUUAGCAGCACGGUUGGCUUUCAUUAUUGUAUUUGAGCACCUUGUCUUCUGCAUAAAGCACCUGAUUUCCUACUUAAUCCCAGAUCUCCCAAAAGAUCUGAGAGAUCGGAUGAGGAGAGAAAAGUACCUGAUUCAGGAAAUGAUGUAUGAAGCUGAACUGGAACGUCUGCAGAAAGAGAGGAAGGAAAGGAAGAAGAACGGAAAAUCUUAUCACAAUGAGUGGCCAUGA